AUGAGUGCAGCUGUGGUGAUGAUGUGCCUGACAGUGUGGACGAGUGUUGCUGCCUCCGGCGCUCAGGAAGUGGCCGAGGGUUUUUCCCCCUUGCAGGCCACCGGUUACGCGGAUGCCAUCGGGAAGGCCAUCCUCUUCUUCGAAGGACAGCGCUCGGGGAAGUUGCCGUCCGGACAGCGGGUUACCUGGAGGGGCGACUCCGCCCUCUCCGACGGCCGCCUUGAAAACGUAUCCUCAGCCCCCAUGCAAUCCCUUUCCGUUCCAUGCAAUCUGCCGACGUCUAAGUUUUCAUAUCGCGCCGUUCUCACAAAAUAACGUAACUACCUUUUUUAGACAAAUAACAAAGUUUUUGCAAUCUCAUAAUCCUUUCAGUGAUGGGUAACCGAAAAAUCCGCCUUUUCCCCAAAUCGAGUCAGAAAAUAAAAGUUUGGUCUGGUCCAGUCCACUGGUAACCCUAGCAAUUUAAUCAGUCCGAUCUUCCUCUUAUUACCAGCAUGGGAGACUAUAAAGAUUAUUCCUUCUUUAAGAUGUGUAUUAUGCUCAUGGUAACGGAGUUAAGCGUGACUCUUCUUGUCCAGUGUAUGUUAACAAACGAAAUCAGUGAGAAGAGAGAGAGAUGCAGAGAUAGAGAAAGCAGUGUGAUAAAUUACGUGAGAUGGCGUGCGCAGGUGAACUUGGUCGGCGGCUACUACGACGCCGGCGACAACGUCAAGUUCGUGUGGCCGAUGUCUUUCAGCGUCACCUUGCUAAGCAUGGCGCUUGUGGAGUACGGAUCUCAGGUUGCCGCCGCCAGCCAGCUUGGCAACCUCCGGACGGCGAUCCGGUGGGGGACGGACUUCAUUCUACGCGCCCACACAUCUCCGACAACAUUCUACACUCAGGUCGACCACCCUCUCUCCCUCUCUCUCUCUCUCUCGCUCUCGCUGUGAAAUGAAACUGACGGGGAUGGAGGGUGUCUUCAUGGCGUAGGUGGGAGAUGGGAAUUCGGACCAUCAGUGCUGGGAGCGUCCGGAAGACAUGGACACCCCUCGAACACUUUCCAAGAUCACGCCCAGCUCUCCCGGUACGGAGGCCGCCGCCGACGCCGCCGCAGCGCUUGCUUCUGCCUACAUCGUCUUCAGAGGUGUCGAUGCCAACUACUCUGCCAACCUCCUCGCCAAAUCUCGUACGGUGAGUCGGCCCGGACGCCUCGACGGCACUCUCCUUGCUGUAUUUCUCUCUGGUUCUUCAUCUUCUUCCGGUGCUUGAACCGCGAUAACUCUUCUCCUCCACAGCUCUUCGACUUCGCCGACAAGUACAGAGGAUCCUAUCAGAAGUCCUGCCCAUUCUACUGCUCCUACUCCGGUUUUCAGGUUAGUUAUCUGAUGCAGAUCCCCGUCUCUCUCUCUCUCUCUCUCGCUCUCUAUCUAUCUAUCUCUAUCUCUGUUCUAAAUAUACGUAUAUACCCAUAAAAAUCCCUCUCUCUAUCAAACUAUCUGUCUGUCGAUGUGUCCAUCUAUCAAUCAACCUGUGUUCGUAUCUACAUAUCUCGGUUCGGAGUGAACAUAGGAACUUGAGUAGACGUGGAUAUAACGUGGGGAGUUUCUUCGGGACUGAAGGACGAGCUACUGUGGGCGGCGGCUUGGCUGUACAAAGCGACCAAGGAGUCCAGGUUCCUGAGAUUCCUCACAGACAACCAGGGUUGGAGCACACGCAUGAACGAGUUCAGCUGGGACAACAAGUACGCUGGCGCCCAGGUCUUGCUCGCGAAGGUACUCUCUCUGUGUGUCUCUCUCUCCCCUGCCUCCCUCCCUCCCUCUCUCUCUCUCUCCUCUCUCUCUCCCUCUGUCUGUCUGUCUGUCUGUCUGUCUGUCUGUCUCCCUCUCUUUCUCCCUCCCUCCCUCCCUCCCUCCCUCCCUGUCUGUCUGUCUGUCUCUCGUUCUAUCUCACUCUCUCUCUCUCCCCCCCUCCCUCCCUCCCUCCCUCCCUCCCUGUCUGUCUGUCUGUCUCUCGUUCUAUCUCACUCUCUCUCUCUCCCCCUCCCUCCCUCCCUCCCCUGUCUGUCUGUCUGUCUGUCUCGUUCUAUCUCUCUCUCUCUCUCUCCCCCCCUCCCUCCCUCCCUCCCUCCCUUUCUCUCUCAUCCGUGCUUUCUCUUGUUAUAGGAGUACGUCGGCGGGGCUACCGGCCUGGCCAGGUACAAGAGCGAUGCAGACUCAUUCGUGUGCUCGUUGAUGCCAAGAAGCAGCAGUCGACAGAUCAGAACGACUCCAGGCACGGCCACUCCGCCCCAUUAUUAUCGUCGGAAUUAAUUAGUACAGUUGAAGAUUUUCAUCGUGCGCAAACAGAUUAUUUCUGGGAAGAAAGUGAUCGAGGAUUUCUCCUUAUAAGACAGAUGAAUUUAUUUUUUACUGCAAUUAUGAAUUAUGUUUUAUUCGUAAAGAUAUUCCUUCAGCUCUGAAAUUAGACGAAAUCACUCGGAUAAAUCCUGAAAUGCAUACAAGCUUUUAUAACGGAGAACUAAUUGGAUCUUCCUGUUGCAUCGACAUUCCCGCAGGUGGUCUUCUGUUCACGCGAGAUAACUCCAACAUCCAGUACGUCGCCAGCGCGACCUUCCUGCUGUCACUCCACGCCCGGACCACCUCCUCCGCUGGCGGCGUUCGCUGCGGCUCGACGGCGAUAACCGCCUCGGAGAUCAGCGCCUUCGCCAAAUCUCAGGCGGGCUCCCUGUUACUGUGCCUUCUUUUUCAUCAUCUUCUUCGUCUUCUUCUUCUUCUUAAUCUUCUUCUUCCUCUGGCGGAGCAGGUGGACUACAUCCUAGGGAAGAAUCCGCUGGGGAUCUCCUACAUGGCGGGGUACGGCCAGAGGUACCCGACGCAGGUACACCAUCGCGGCGCCUCCAUCCCCUCCAUCAAGGUACUCCCCGGCAAGGUCAGCUGUGGCGGGGGCUUCUCCACCUGGUUCAACGCCCCCCGCCCCAACCCUAACGUCCACGUCGGCGCCAUCGUCGGGGGCCCCGACUCCAACGACCGUUUCCAGGACAUCCGGUCAGACUAUUCUCACCUCGAGCCCACCACCUACAUCAACGCCGCCUUCGUCGGCGCUGUGGCUCCUUUCGUUGGCAGCUCCACUAUACUGCAACACGGAUACCCUGGCGUACUGUCCACAACCUCCGAAUUCCAGGAUACCUGCUCCGCGUAA